AUGGAGGGUGGGAGCAGCACCAGCGAUGCCUCUGCAGACAGGAGGGCUGCAGCUCACCCCACAGCUCCGACCAGCACUUUUUGGAUCAUCUUGUCCAUUGCUUUGUUCUUUGCAGUGGUUGGCAUCAGCAUCCUAGGGGUUCUCAGCUUCUCCCCCAGCUCUGCCCAGGCUGGCUCUCAGCUUGUCCGGUUAACGCUCCAGGGCCAGCAGGACCCUCUGAGGAACCAGACAGCCUUGGUGGACAAGGCCAGGAGCACUGUGACCUACUACAUAACCUCCCAGAGUAACCAGAGCGCCGUGGUGCUGUAUGACAGCAGGAACGGCUACGUGUGCUACAAGCCUGUGGAGCAGCAUGCAUGCUACCUGAGGAGGAUGGACUCCUGGGACCUCCAGACCCUGCAGAUACCACUCAACAUGUCUGAGCAGAGAGCUCAUCAGCUGCUGCCUCAGAACAACCAGACCAAGUACUACCGGGAGUUCCUGGGCAUUCUGGCAGGGGAAGAGGUGGACCCCAAAAGCCUGGGGGAGGCUGUGCAGACCCUGUGUGACCAGACAUCCAUCUUCUGGGUCAGGAGAGGGGAGGGUCCCGGGAAGCAGCGCCUGAUCUACCUGUGCAUUGACAUCUGUUUCCCAAGCAACAUUUGUGUCUCUAUCUGCUUCUAUUACCUCCCCGAGUAAGUCCUGCCACCACAGGUGCCCUCUGCUGCCCUACAUACUUGAACUGGAUUCCUGGAAAGCCUCUUUUUUCAGCAAGGAAGGUAACACAGCUACAUUAUUCCUGAACCAGACUUCAGGAAAACCAGGACUCUGCUGGGC